AUCAAAAGGGAGAGGAAGACGGGACCUUUUUGACCCAUUCGGCAAAGGCCAACCUCUUGAGAAUGGAGUGUACUCACUGUUGCCCCAGUGUGUUGAACAGUUAACUCCUUAUUUGCUGCAGGGCAAGUCUGGAAAUGCAGAAUACAAACCUCCAUCUGUGGCUGAACUUGCUGGAAGAUUCAAAAAACAAACGUCAAGCACCCCAAGUACAGGAAAAGAAGAGAAACGUAUCUGCCCACCUGUUCAGAAAAGGCCACCUUGCAGUUUGAAUUUGCAGAAUAAUGUAUUCAAGGAAGAAAUUGCUCCCAACAGUGAAGAGAAACGUGUCUGCCCACCUGUUCACAAGAAGCCUCCUUGCUGCUUGAAUUUGCAAAAUAAUCCAGUCAAGGAAAAAGUGAGUCACAAAGCUGAAGAGAAACAUGUCUGCCCUCCUGUCCACAAGAAGCCUCCUUGCAGCUUGAACUUACAAGCAUAUAUGGCCAAGGAAGAACUGAGUCCCAAUGGUGAAGAGAAAGCAGCUGAUGGUGGAAUCUCACAGGCAUCUAAGGUGAAGAGCAAACUUUCUCCAGGCAUUGGAAAAUUACAGACCAACCUGAAUUUUGACCCAGCUGCACUGAGGCCAGGAGGACCCCCAAAGAGUCCUGGACUGAAACUUGUCCAUUCCCCAAACAUCAGCCCAGCUUCCACACCAACCACGCCUCCCACUCCCACCACUCUAUCUCAGCCCAUUCAUGAUGAAGUACCAGUUGGUUUUGAAAAUCCACCUGAGGGAGCACCUCUGCAGUCUUUCAAUAAGGGGAGGACAAGGCUGUCAAUGAAACGGAGACCACCAAGCAGAAAGCACAGAAGAUCAGUUACAGAUGACUCAGAAGAUAUUGGCAUUAUUGAUACUAAAGACAAGACUGCAGAAAGUAGUGAAAAGGUGGCACUCAAUGAGGAGAAGGUAUCAACGACUCAGGAAGAAAAGCCUCUGCAAGAGCAACCACAAGCAGGCAAAGACUCCAACAGAAACGAAGCUGACAUGGGGCCUGCAGAGGAAGUGCUUGAGGACUCUGGUGUGUUUGUUGAGGAAAAAAAAAAGGAGGAAGAUGAGAAGACCCCAUCAAAGGAUGUGGAGGAAACUGGCAAAGAUGAGCCAGAUGGGACAGUAACCUGCCAAGAAGAGAUAUCUGAUGAGAAGGCUUCUCAAAGUCAAGAGCCUAUUUGCCAGGACCUAACAGAAAGCAGUGAAGUUGUAACCAGUGAAGUCUUGGAGAAUAAGGAAAAUACAGGCCAGACUACAGAUGACUGCAGCCCUGUAAAUGAGCAGAACUCUGAAAACAAGCCAGAUAUGGAGGUUGCAUCCACUCAGGACACAGAAAAUUAGACAAACUGAAGCAAUGGCUUUAUCAUUUACAUUUCAGUCAGCGAUUGUUCUGAAUCUGUAGGCAGCUGGAAAUGUUGAGAAACAAGAUGCACUCAGCAGAAAGAACAGAAUACAUUGAAACCAGAGAACUAAAAAGUAAACUAAAUUGAAUAAAUCAGUGCCUUUUUUGCCAUAGUUGUUGUUUACUAUAACAACGUAUUUGUGCACAUUUGUAAUAGGUUAGUUGCUUAAUAUCUAAGCUGUAAAAAAUCUACUUUGCAAAAAAAUGCUAGAUGAUAUGAAUAUGAAAUGCUCUGCUUUCAAUGCAUUAAUAGUGAAGAUGCAGAUGCAUUGAGCGACAGGGUAACAAGGUGGAAUGAGAGGCCUUAUAUUGUAACUUACCUGUAUGGUGCGCCAUAUUAGGUCAACACAGCAAAAAUAUUCUCAGGGGUAAAGGAAAUCAGUUUUUGUCUCGUGCUUUGCUGCCCUCCACAAGAAUGCAGUAUCACAAACAACUCUACACUGCUGGCUCACUCACAUGAAAAACAUAUGUUCAACUGCUUAUUUGGAGAAUUAGUACCUUCACAAUGAAUUCUGAAUAUCGUGCUGUGACCUCAAGAAGAUUAGGAGAGCAGAAGUCACUGAGAUCAGUCAUUUGUCUAAGACGUGCUGGCAUCUGAUGAAAAUACGUCAGUCAGCUUCUUGCACUAGGUAUAACUGUGCUAAGUAGGAUAUGUGAUUUGGUUCACUGUAUUAUGCAUUACAAUGAAAAAGAAACAAGAAUCGAUGUCUGGGAUUGUUAUUCAUUUUAUAUUGAUAUAUAAAUCCAGAUUGCUGUCAAUGUGUGAGUGUCCUGGCAGCAUAAAUGAUUAUGUUACAGCUGAUUGAAACUUUAUUCUUGUCACCUGUAGUUCAUGAUAAAAGCAUAUUUUAGGUCAUGUUUAUUAUUAUAUUUACCAGUUUCAUGUGAAAGAGUUAUAUAUCUGAAGAAGGCUGUGAUGACCACUCAGGAUCAACAUUAAGGAAUCAUUUGUAGUAUUAGUAUAAAAUUACAUAUUUCUGCACCCAUAAUAUUUGCAGUUGUCAGCGCCAUCACUACUUACUUGUACUACAGCUACUUGUUCCACAUUAUCUUGCAAACUUGAUAGGCUUUGUUGUUUAAAUUGUAUAGGAACUGUGUUUCUGUACUUCCAGUUUUGUGAAUAAAAUCUCAUAAAGGAUGACAACAUGAAUUUUCAGCAUGUCACACUACUAAGUCAAAGUCACAAUAUCACUAUCUCAAGAUGAUUUGAAUUAAAAUAGGAACAAUAUGUAAGCCAUACCUGUCAAACUUGCAGCAUUACAAAUCAGCACUGGCCUUUGAAAAUCAUAACACAGGAUUCACAAGGAACACUUUCUUAUUUUUUCAGAAUAGAAAGUUUUAAGAGGCUAGAUUACAUAUAGUAAGUGAUAACCAAUUUUGCUGCAGUUCUAUUAUUUAAUAAUGGUGACACUUUCAAACAGGUGUGACUUGAUGAAGAAAAAUUGUAGUUAAGAGGAGUAAGGAUAAAACAGAAAGUACCAAAAUCAUAGCACUGUGUCUAACCUGCAGCAAUGAGAAGGCUCUAAAAUAGUUGCUGCUCUUAAUGUAAUAUGCUUACUCUGGUAAACCUGCCCAAUUCCAAAAGACUUACUCUCUGUAUAAGUGACUUAUUCUGGUGUAAGGCCUGUCUAUAAAGUAGGCAUACAUCAGAGAAAGUCAUUUACACAGAGAGCAAGACUUUUGUAAUUUGGGCAUUUUGUCUCAUGCCUUUGGUGUAGGUUGAUUUCUUAUCAGUGUUUCCAAGUCUUACAUAAUAAGACACCAUAUACAGUAUGACAUACAGGUUUGUAGCAUUUCAUCAGUUAACCUGCCACAUUGCCUGUACAAUAAGACAUUGGCCUCUUUAAUGAUGUCUUUCUGCUAUAAGGUGGUCAUAGUCUUUAAAUGUGGAGGCGUGCAGUUGACUUCCUUUCUCAUUUCCUGUUAACACUGAUAGCACUCUAUACUCUGAAACUGCAUUUAGGAACAUGAUCACCCAUUUUGUUAGAAAAAGUAGGUACAUGAAACCUUUAUACAUUGCUUGAAUACCUUAGCAUUGUUACAACAUGCAUAGAAGCGAAAGACGUUUUUAAAAACAAUAAGUAAAAUAUCUUAUAACAGCAAUAAGGUAACUUUGUAAUUUGGGCUUUUUGUUAUUAACGUCAGCAUGGUGACAGAGUGGUAAAUAUACCUUUUGGUGCAAAUUACAGAAUUAUUUGAAAUUAUAAGACCAUCUUUCCAUGUUAAUAAAACAAAAGUGAAAUGAAUAUCAUUUAAUUUCACUUGUUACGACCAAUUCCAUGUUCAGUCUCUGUAGUCUGACAGCCACAUAUGUGCUUUGAUUGGCACCCUUAUUUAAAAUUAAUUGCAACUUAUUCUAGGGCUAGUUGAUGUGCUCAGUGGACUGAUAUAAGAAAACAAUAUGCUGUUUGUAAUGGUAUUGUAUUUGCACAAAGCUCUCUGACUAGCAUGCACUAGUGGCCUGUUCAUUUGGUCAUGUCUGACUGUUUUUCCUGCAGCUUUAAGAUCUGCAUUGUACUGAACUAAAGUCUGCUGCAAAUUUGGCAGAACCUUUGUUUUUUACUUAUGUAUUAAAAUUAUAUUAAAUAAAGCAGUCAUCCAGUCUGAA